AUCACAGCCGCAGGUCCUUCUCACAUGCAAAUACAUCAGGCAUUUUUUGGGUUCCUAGGAAUCCACCUCAAGUCCCUCGCUCGCUCACUCUUCCCUUCCUUUCAGAGUUGCACUCUCCUUCCUCUCUCCAGCUCAACCAAUCUUUCACCGGAGCUCUAUACAGCUUCAUUUUGUUGCAGCGAUCAUGACUUUGAAAUCGUUCGUCGAAGUACAACCGGAUUCUCACUUCCCCAUCCAGAACCUCCCGUAUGGAGUGUUCCGGCCGGAAUCGGGCUCGACCGCUCGACCUGGCGUGGCUAUCGGCGAUUACGUUUUGGACCUAUCUGUGAUCACUCGUGCUGGCCUUUUUGACGGCCUGAUCCUCAAAGGCUCUGAUUGCUUCCUUCAGCCUAACUUGAACAAGUUUUUGGCUAUGGGACGGCCAGCAUGGAAGGAAGCUCGCGCUACACUUCAAAAGCUGUUGGCAGCCUCUGAACCUACCUUGCGUGAUAAUGCAACUUUAAGGCAAAAAGCCCUUGUUCCAGUGGAAAAAGUAGAAAUGCUCCUUCCUGCUGUGAUAGGGGACUACACAGACUUUUUUGCCUCCAUGCAUCAUGCAAAGAAUUGUGGACUUAUAUUUCGUGGACCGCAGAACCCAAUUAAUCCGAAUUGGUUCCAUCUUCCCAUUGCAUAUCAUGGACGGGCAUCAUCUAUUGUCAUAUCUGGGACAGACAUUAUUCGACCAAGGGGUCAGGGCCAUCCUACCGCCAAUUCUGGACCAUACUUUGGGCCUUCCCUAAAGCUAGACUUUGAGCUAGAAAUGGCUGCCAUAGUUGGCCCGGGAAAUGAAUUGGGAAGGCCUGUGGAUGUCAAUGAGGCAGCAGAUCAUAUCUUUGGACUUGUGUUGAUGAACGACUGGAGUGCCAGAGAUAUUCAGGCAUGGGAAUAUGUGCCCCUUGGGCCUUUUCUUGGAAAGAGCUUUGGAACUACUAUAUCUCCUUGGAUUGUGACGCUGGAUGCUCUUGAACAAUUUGCUUGUGACGCUGGCAAACAGGACCCCCCUCCAUUACCAUAUUUAGCUGAAAAGACUUCUAAAAACUAUGAUAUUUCCUUGGAGGUUGAAAUCAAACCUGCUGGAAAUGAGGAUUCAUGUGUGGUCACACGGAGUAAUUUUAAACACUUAUAUUGGACGGUAACUCAACAACUUGCACACCAUACUAUUAAUGGUUGCAACCUAAGGCCAGGCGAUCUCCUUGGAACUGGCACCAUCAGUGGACCUGAGCCUGAUUCGUAUGGAUGCUUGUUAGAGCUGACAUGGAAUGGACAGAAGCCACUUUCCCUAAAUGGGACGGCUCGUAAAUUUCUGGAAGAUGGAGAUGAAGUCAUCUUCACUGGUUUCUGCAAGGGAGAUGGUUUCCUCGUUGGUUUUGGCAAAUGCUCGGGAAAAAUUGUUCCCUCACCCCGUUGAUGAACUUUUCUUGCUCAAUUGGAGUUCGAUGUGGUUGUGCCGGAUUAGCAAGUCUGCCGUGCAAAUUUAUCUCAAUUGUUUUGUAAUGUUUGAUGUUUGAGACGAUCGAGCUAAAAAUGUAGAGCUUUUUUUAAAUAAGACACUCAAGUUAAUAAUGUUAGUGCCAUGUUUAUCUCAUGUAGUGCUUAACGGGAUGGUCAAUAGUGACUUUCUGGGUGCAGAGGAGAGGAGGAAACCAUGUAUUUAGAUGCAUAGUAUUAAUAAUGACGUAGCGAAAUGCUAUACUUAGUGUGAAUUACAAAA